GUCUUUUCUUCACUUCCGUCGAGCGCCGUCUCGCUGUUUGUCCCUUGCGGCUACCCGUCUGCAUACGAAUCUAGCCCGGGAACCGAGUUGCGGGAGGGCGGUCUGUGCCGUUCCGGCUAGGGGUUUGCCGACUCCAGACGUCCUGCGAACCGGCAAGAUGUGCUCCCUGGGGUUGUUCCCUCCUCCACCGCCUCGGGGUCAAGUCACCCUAUAUGAGCACAAUAACGAGCUGGUGACGGGCAGUAGCUAUGAGAGCCCGCCCCCCGACUUCCGGGGCCAGUGGAUCAAUCUUCCUGUCCUACACCUGACCAAGGAUCCCCUAAAGACCCCUGGAAGGCUGGACCAUGGCACAAGAACUGCCUUCAUCCAUCACCGGGAGCAAGUGUGGAAGAGAUGCAUCAACAUUUGGAUGAAUUCCUGGAAGUCAAGUUGCUGGUUCAGAGGGCGUGAUGUGGGCCUUUUUGGGGUGCUAAAUGAAAUUGCAAACUCAGAAGAAGAGGUGUUUGAGUGGGUGAAGACGGCAUCCGGCUGGGCUCUGGCACUCUGUCGAUGGGCCUCUUCCCUCCAUGGGUCCCUGUUCCCCCAUCUGUCUCUCAGGAGUGAAGAUCUGAUUGCUGAAUUUGCCCAAGUAACAAAUUGGUCCAGCUGCUGCUUGCGUGUCUUUGCGUGGCACCCCCACACCAACAAGUUUGCAGUGGCCCUGCUAGAUGACUCAGUCCGUGUGUAUAAUGCUAGCAGCACCAUAGUCCCCUCCCUGAAGCACCGGCUGCAGCGAAAUGUGGCGGCUCUGGCCUGGAAACCUCUUAGUGCCUCUGUCUUGGCUGUGGCCUGCCAGAGCUGCAUUCUCAUCUGGACCCUGGACCCUACCUCCUUGUCUACCCGACCCUCUUCUGGCUGUGCCCAAGUGCUGUCUCACCCUGGGCAUACACCUGUUACUAGCUUGGCCUGGGCCCCCAGUGGGGGGCGGCUGCUCUCAGCUUCACCCGUGGAUGCUGCUAUCCGGGUAUGGGAUGUCUCAACAGAGACCUGUGUCCCCCUUCCCUGGUUUCGAGGAGGUGGGGUGACCAACCUGCUCUGGUCCCCAGAUGGCAGCAAAAUCCUGGCUACCACUCCUUCAGCUGUCUUUCGAGUCUGGGAGGCCCAGAUGUGGACUUGUGAGAGGUGGCCUACUCUAUCAGGGCGCUGUCAGACUGGCUGCUGGAGCCCAGAUGGCAACCGACUGCUGUUCACUGUAUUGGGAGAGCCACUGAUUUACUCCCUGUCUUUUCCAGAACAAUGUGGUGAGGGAAAGGGGCGCGUUGGAGGUGCAAAGUCAGCAACAAUUGUGGCAGAUCUGUCUGAGACAACAAUACAGACACCAGAUGGUGAGGAGAGGCUUGGGGGAGAGGCUCACUCCAUGGUCUGGGACCCCAGUGGGGAGCGUCUGGCUGUGCUCAUGAAAGGAAACCCAAGAGUACAGGAUGGUAAACCAGUCAUCCUCCUUUUUUGCACUCGAAACAGCCCUGUGUUUGAGCUCCUUCCCUGUGGCAUUAUCCAGGGGGAGCCAGGAGCCCAGCCCCAGCUCAUCACUUUCCAUCCUUCCUUCAACAAAGGGGCCCUGCUCAGUGUGGGCUGGUCCACAGGCCGAAUUGCUCACAUCCCGCUGUACUUUGUCAAUGCCCAGUUUCCACGUUUUAGCCCAGUGCUUGGCCGGGCCCAAGAACCCCCUGCUGGGGGUGGAGGCUGUAUUCAUGACCUGCCCCUCUUUACUGAGACAUCCCCAACCUCUGCCCCUUGGGACCCUCUCCCAGGGCCACCACCUGUUCUGCCCCACUCCCCACAUUCCCACCUCUAAUAAAAAAUAAGUUUUCCUUUUGUUUUCCACUCA